UCAAAAUCCGCCAUUUCUCUGCCAUUUUUGGUCCUCCAUUUUUUUAUCCCUGCUAAAUGCAGUACAAAGACAUACUCGACGAACUGGUCGUCCGAUUCCUCAUGAAUCUUCCAAAACAAGAUUACGAAUCGGUGGAACGUCUAUUCUUCAUCCUUGAGGAGGUGCACUGGUACUACAUAGACUUCAUGGCAGACGAUAACAAGACAUUCCGCUCGUUCGUGGCGGACAUUCUUUCACACAUCAAUUAUCCACCGGUAGACAUCGACCAGAGCCUGAAAGCAUUUGGCGAGUACAAAUAUGAUGUGCCUGUGUAUGGCGCACUGAUAUUCAACGCACAGAUGGAUCACAUAUUGCUCAACAAGGGAUGCAGCAAGCGCUCACAGUUUCUGUUCCCGAGGGGAAAAAAGUUCAUGAACGAGGCGGGUGCACAGUGUGCGAUACGGGAAGUGUAUGAGGAGAUAGGAUAUGACAUUAGCAACAAGAUUUGCCGAAUUGUGAUAAGGCCGAGCGGAGAAAGGUACACGCUUUACCUGGUUUUUAAUGUGCCGGUUAAGACACGUUUCGAGUGCCAGACGAGAAACGAAAUUGCGGAGAUACGGUGGGUCAGCGUGCGUGAUAUCUUGGGGAAGACCGGAAAUGAUCUUAAGCAGGUGAGGAACGUGUAUUUCAAGAUAAAGGAUAGAAUCGAUAAGAUAAGGACGGGCAGGUUUAUGUUUGACAGGAGAGCUGUGCUUAGGGAGUUUGAUCGUGUUAUCACGUCGAUAUGACGCGUGUACCACCUAAGUCUAGGGGCAGUCGCCGUUUCAUCUGUGGUGGAGCGAGGUAAAUUUGUACUACGUUCAGAGCGCAUCGCUCACUUCCCGUUUCCUGGUCAAGUCUUGGGACACGUGAACGUCCUGCAGAAGACGGCAUGCUAAUUAAAUGUGGCUGUUAUCGAAGUGCACUGGGCCACGGCAAAGGAUGAAUUGCAAAAUGCUGUGAUAGAGGCGUGAGAAGGCAAAAGAACGUUUUUAAUGAAAAAAUGCAGCAUAGAAGGAAUCGCAAAAUUGUGUGAUAAACCUGUUGGGCCACCGUUUAAUAAAUCGUUUUCUGCUGAAAAACUGAACAGUAAAGUUGUUGUUAGCGAACGGCAAUCGAUCACGAAUCGUGAUAACAAGGCAAUGAACUAUAAACAGUACUCUUUCUCAAACAGUGAAAAGUAUCGCUAGUGCGAGAAAGCACGAUCGAACAAUGAGCAUGAACACCUGCUCAAUGCCCAUAGCAUCAAAAUCUUAGAACAAGCCAUUUCUGCAUACACUACUGUUUUUAGUGUUCUCGUGUACAAGAAGUGGUUUAAAGGAUUGUUUAACCCGAUGAGAAAACCAUCCACAAAAUAAAAUGCGAAUUAUCCGCUCAAGCACGGAUGAACAAAAUCGUGCAGAAUUGGCCGGUUGUUUAUGUUAGGUGCACAAACAUGGCAAGACUGCACCAGCACUUCUUAAUGUCGUGAGAUAGCGGUUCAAGCCAGUUGUGCUACUACGUCCAGAA